AUGAUUCCUAUCACUGCAACUACCACCUCCAAGGCAGGCUGGCCGACUACUUCAUCCGCUCUCCGGGAUUUGCUCAAUAUCGACAAUGGAAACAAUAUGAAAUGCCAUGGUCAGUGCCAAUCUGGCAAAAAUCCUGGCAAGCGAUGCGGAAUCGCCAUUAGCAAAAUCAACUCCAAGAAGAUUGCUAGUUUGUUAGAUCAGAUCGUUGAUCAUGGGAGCUUCUGUACUUCCGAGUCUUUACUUAGCGAAAUGGCCUUAUUGAUCAUGUGUCCGAGAUUCCAUCGAAACCAAGCAUCUAAGCGCCUAUCAUUAUGGGAGACAGUUCUGAAGCCAUUCAAAACAGUGGCCUUCAAGAAGGAAGACGAAGAUGACUCUCUUGCAACUCAUAAAGAGGAUGUCUCGGAGUCUCUAGAUACGGAUAUGGUGGAAGUCAAGCAUGAAGUUCUUUCUAAGAACGAAAAGAACGAAAAGUCAAUAUCGAAAAUCACAAAUUACCAUACAUCUCAACCGAUACCAUCUACACCAACCAAGCCCUCUAUCAGCUCCACUCCUUCCACCCCAUCUAAGCUAUCACUUCCCAAGGUCUUCACUCCCAAACACGAGUUUGAAGAUUUUGGACCUGCUUGGACCGUCAUCGAAAUAAACAAAGACAUACGAAAACUUCUCCUUCGCCCCUUGUUAGAUACCGAGAAAAAGUCGGAUGGAUUCAUCUAUGCUUAUCUUUUCCCCGAGACAUACCGCGAUGCCAACCCCCAUAUCAAAAUUGGAUACGCCCACGAUGUUGAAAAGCGUAUGAAGGAUUGGAGAGCCCAAUGCGGAUACGACUCCAAAGUUAUUUGCCAGUUUACAGCUGAGCACUAUGUCAAGGUCGAAAAGCUUGUGCACCGCCAACUUCGGAAUCAGCGAAAGCGAGAGAAAGAAUGCCCAACUUGUCAUGUUUCGCACCAAGAGUGGUUCAAAACCAAAUCUACAACUGCGUCCAAGAAUAUCAUGAUGUGGACAAGCUGGAUGAGACAGAAGCCGUACGAUGACGAUGGAAACCUUAAAGAGAAGUGGCGCACGAGGAUUGAGGGCCUUGACAUGACUGACCCAAGCUGCUGGGAGCUGCUUACUGAGGGAGUCUUUGACGACGAUGAAGAUGAGUCGGAGCUUUCUGAAGGCGAUAGCUUCGCUUGGUCAAAUAACGAUGAGUCCGAGUUUUCUGAGGAUGACGCUCUUGAAGAUUUAGACAACAAUGUGCCCGAGAUUACUCUCACUGGUGAUAGAUGUAGGGGUAAGGAGUCGCUGCGAUGA